GUUGGUGCUGGAAACAUGGCGAACGUCUGCCUACGAAGCUCCUCGUCCUUGCUGCUGUUUUUCAGCAGGAGGAUUUUCAAACCGGAGCUGAGCGCUGUCUGCUUGUACCACAAAAAGGUUGUGGACCACUAUGAAAACCCGAGAAACGUGGGCUCCCUGGACAAAAACUCCAAAAAUGUGGGGACUGGAUUGGUGGGUGCACCGGCAUGCGGUGAUGUUAUGAAACUUCAGAUCCAAGUGGAUGAAAAUGGAAAGAUCGUCGAUGCAAAGUUCAAAACAUUUGGCUGCGGAUCGGCCAUUGCUUCCAGUUCUCUAGCAACAGAGUGGGUCAAGGGGAAGUCGGUUGACGAUGCUCUGAAGAUCAAGAACACAGACAUUGCCAAAGAACUCUGCCUUCCUCCAGUCAAGCUUCACUGCUCAAGUAAGUUCACAGUCGUUAUUAACACCUCUUAAGACAUGGGUGUCAGAAUAUAUAACAUAUAUCAAAUAUAAAGUCUGGGGGGCAGAAUCGACCCAGCAAAAACUUCAGUCCGGCCCACUGGAAGACUUUGGAAAAUGUGAAUUGUAUUUUCAUUUCAAGUUUUGUGGCUUUUCCUAAUAGAAGGAUCUCCACUGUGGCCAUUCAUACUAAACCAAAGUAUUUUAGGUCAGUUAAUAAAA